UUUUUGGGGUUGUUUUGGUUCUUUUUAAAUGAGGGCGAGGACGCUGCUUGUGUCCGGAGCCGUGGAUGAUAGGAAGGCGUCCAGCCCGACUCGGUAAACCAUGGCGUAUCAGCUGUACAGAAACACCACGCUGGGGAACAGUCUCCAGGAGAGUCUGGACGAGCUCAUACAGUCACAGCAAAUCACUCCUCAGCUGGCCCUUCAAGUGCUACUUCAGUUUGAUAAAGCUAUAAAUUCAGCACUGGCACAACGAGUCAGGAACAGAGUCAAUUUCAGGGGGUCUCUGAACACGUACAGGUUCUGUGACAACGUAUGGACGUUUGUACUGAAUGAUGUUGAAUUUAGGGAGGUCACUGAACUUGUGAAAGUGGACAAAGUGAAAAUUGUAGCAUGUGAUGGAAAAAACACUGGUUCCAAUACUGCAGAAUGAAGAGAACUGUGGUUUGUCUGCAAUAUUUUGUGUUAAUAUGCAGCACUUUCCGGAGAGAAGCAUGGAGAGGGACUGUGUUCAUACUUAAUUCUUGUGAUGCAGAUAUGAGUUAAUCUAUACUAGAAGGCGUCACAGAAUGACAGUGGGAGAAAUACCUGUAGCAUUUCUUCAGUUCACCUUAUAGGGCAUGAAUACGAUAUUACUGUUUUUUUUGUUACAAAUUACAGAAGAUAUUGUUGCCUUUUUUUGUUCAAAAUUUCUGUAAUAAAAUUUUAUUUAAAAACUU